GAGUAGGCUCUCCGGCUUCUUCAGCACUUGUUUCUGUGCUUGCUGGCCCCACCAUGAUGAUAAUGAUGAUGCAAUCGACUAAGACGACGAAGACGACGACGGAUAGGAUAGUACGACCCUUCUCCUUCACGUAGUCUCUGUUGCGGAGCUUCAUUUUUUUUUUUUUUUAAUCUUUUUUUUUUUUGUUGAAGUCUCGAUCCAUCUCCUUGGCGCGCUUCGUUACCGCAGUGUAAUCAAUUUGAUUGCUUUUUAUUUAUUUAUUUAUUUUUCUUAAUUUGGAUGCUGAAAAACUCAAUUUGAAUGCUUGUUCAGCAUGAUGAAAACGUGAGUCCUCGAUUGAUUGGUCCGAUGACGAUAAUGCGAACGACGACAACGAUGAUGAUGAUGAUGAUGAUAAACGUGGUGGCGAUGGUGAUGAUCAUACCGAGGAAGGGGAGGGGGAAGAAGACGACGACGACGACGACGAUGACGACGACGACGACGAGGAGGAGGAGUAGGCGGCAGGUAGUUAACCCGUGUGCAUGGUCGCAAUUUAGUAUUUCACAGUUGUUACUCGCUGUCGCACUCACUGCCACGUGGCAUAUCGAAGAUGCCAACUUGAACUUUGGUUUCGUCUCAAUACUUGCCGCCAAAUCCGCCUCCUCCUCCUCCUCCUCCUCCUCCGUGCCCUCCUCCUCGUCCUUCAGCAUGUCCGCCUCGGAGCCGUCUCCAUCGCUUUCGUCCCUGAGGUUUCACGAAGGUAGCAACAGUGGCACUCAGAGAAAUCCUCGCUCCUCCUCCUCCUCCUCCUUGUCGUCGUCGUCGUCGUCCAUCGUGUUCUCGUCAGAGCCGUCGCCAUCGCCUUCGUGUUUGAGAUCUCAUGAAGAUAUCAACAGCGGCACUCAGACAAUUCCUUCCUCCUCCUCCUCCUCCUCCUCCUCCUCCUGCCCCUCCUCCACCUCCUCGUUCGUGUCCUCUUCGGAGCUGCCGUCAUCGACUUCGUCCUUGGCGUUCCAUGAAGGUGGCAGCAGAGGUAGUCGGAGAUCUCCUUCCUCCUCCUCCUCCCCCUCGUUCGUGUUCUCUUCGGUGUUGCCAUCAUCGACUUCGUCCUUGGCGUUCCAUGAAGGUACCGGCCGAGGCAUUGGGAUACCUCCUUGGAUUCUGGAAGAUGGCGAUAGUCGCCCGCAUGAUUACUCUCGACAUGAUCCCCAGGCUAAGGAGCAGUACGUGCAGCAUGAUCAUCACCACCAUCUUCGUCGUCGUCUUCGUCUUUGUCUUCGUCUUCGUCUUCGUCUUUGCCAUCGCCAUCGCCAUCGCCAUCCUCAUCACCGUGAGCAUCAGAUAUGGCGCCGGGAGCUGGAGCAGCGUCGAGAGCUGCCGGAAGAAUCCAUUACCAACAGAGAUGAGGUCCUUGAUGAGAAUUUGUUGACGCUGCCACGUGGAGGCCCGAUGAGCUUUGCAGACAUUGUCACUCCAGCUGGCGACUUCACAAAAGCUGCUGACCUUCCGUCGUCUGAAGUGUGGUCGGUCUCAUUCUCGCCCGCGGACCGGUCGUUGUUCUUCCUCAUGAACUAUGGGCUAUGGAGGUUCGACACCACGAAGUCGAGGGAAGGACCGAGUAAUGCCUCGCGAGUUGCAGGGCGUUGGCUUCCUCCUUCUCUCCCUCCAGGCGACGGAGGUUUUCCCCAGGCCUUGGCAGUGCUGGACGCCGUGGACGGUGGUAUCAUGGCGUCGGCAAAUGGCACCUCUUUGAACAGGAUUGCCAUAAUAGCGGAGCCCUUCAACCGCUCUCUGCAUGCAUACAACGUCGACGACGGUUCGAUUCCUCCUGCGUUCUCUGUGCUCGAUUACGUGCCGGUUACUCUGAACGAAUCGCGAUUCCUCAGUCUGGCCUGGGACGCGAACCGUCGGAUCUUGUACGGAUCGUCGCCGAGUGCGCUGUACCGGAUGAACCUGUCGGUCAGCAGGGAAGGGGGGAAUGCCCCCCUGCUGGAGAGGUGGAUUGGUCCUGACGAGAGUGUAGUUGGUCUUCAGGAUAGUAGCGGGGAUGACCGUGGAGCCGUGAGGUUCCACGGUCCCUUCCUCAGCUCGUCCGCCAUAUCUGCUGACGGCGAGCUCCUCUACGUGGCUGACAGCUUGAACUCGGUGAUCAGAAGGGUGAAGACGGCCUCUGGAGCCGUGGAGACGGUCGCUGGAACAGGCUCCGCAGCAGAUUCGAAGUUUCGUGAGCCCAUUGGGCUCGCCUUGACAUCCGAUGGGUGCCAUUUAUUUGUGUCGGACUUCGCCGGAGGAGGCCUGUACCUGGUCACACUCGAGUAUAGUGGUGGUCCCGCUGUCAGCGUUCGAACCGUCGCCAGGGCAGUUCGUGCCGACGGGGGAAGCUCCUGGGUGUUGAUGGGAAUGGCCCUCUCGCCGGACGACGAGGUGCUUUAUAUAGGAAGACCGGACUUCCAGAUUUGGGAGUUAGCUGUCAACAGAACAGCCCUGCCUGCUUGCCAACCCAGAAGCUCUGGUGCUGGUGCCUCUCCUGGUCCUCCUCCUCCUCCUCCUCCUCCUCCUCCUCCUCCACCAGCUCAGAAUCUUGCUUCAACUCUCUCUUCAGCUCCUCCUUCAGCAUCUCACUCCUCUCGUCGAACUGCAGUGGGCAUCUUCAUUGGGGUGGGAGCAUUUUUUGUGCUAAUCUUUCUUGCCCUCUCUGGUGCAGUGAUAGAGAGGAGGCUGCGCUGCUUGCGGUCCUGGUUCUGGCACUGGGAAGUACGAGGCAGGGAAUGGGCAAUGCCAAGGGGCCCACGGAGUCCACGAGCUGCUGCUAGGGCUCUGCUGAGACGAGAGACUCUGGUGAGAGUGUACUCGUUGGAGGAUAUCCGCAAGGCGUGUGACGGCUUUAACCCGACGCGAUUGGUGGGGAGGGGAGGGGCGGCUGACGUGUACAGAGGACAGCUCAGCGACGGGCAAGUUGUGGCUGUGAAGGUAAUGAAGGGUGAGUUCUCUGAGGAGAAGUUUGAUCAAUUCCAAGCAGAGCUAGAUGUGCUGGCCACACUCCGGCACAGCCACCUGUGCAGCGUCAUCGGCUACUGCGCAGAGGGCGGGAGGUCGAUGAUCAUUUACUCUCCUUUGGCGGAAGGAGGGACGCUUCACGAUCGAUUGCGGUGCACGACAUCCGCCUCCUGCUCCACCACCACCACUGCUGAGCCUGGGCUCAUCCACGAUGAGGAGGAGGGUGGCAGGUCGUCUGCCCAGCAUACUGGCAACAAAGGAGCCAUCCUGAGGGAAGGCGUGGAAUAUCCGGCAGGAAAGGACGUCAAUCUAUACGGCAGCAACAACAGCUACUCAGGCUCCAGCUGCAUGUCGCGGAGACCACCACUGAGCUGGCCAGAUAGACUCUCCAUUGCCCGCCAGAUCGGUAGAGCAUUGCGCUACUUGCACGAAGAAGUAGACCCACCGGUCAUCCACAGAGACGUCAAGAGCAAGAACGUGCUGCUGGAGGAUGGAUCCACAGGCGAAGGGGGGGGGGGGGGGAGGAGGGGAGGGGGGGGGGGGGGGGGGGGGGGGGGGGGAGGGGGGGGGGGGGAAGGGGAGGGGGUAGUAUGUCGGCAGCCGACUGUGAGAGCUUAUCUCUCAGACUUUGGGCUGGCGAAGCUUGGGCAGAGCAUCUUCGGCCAACCUCAGCCUCGUGAGACAGUGGACACUAUCCGUGUGGUGGGAACUCUCGGGUACAUAGCACCUGAGUACUACACCUCAUGCCGACUUACGACCAAGAAUGACGUGUACGCUUUCGGGGUAGUCCUCCUGGAACUCAUAACAGGUAGAAAACCGUUCGGGGGGUCGUUCCCCACUAGCUGGGGGGAGAAGAAGGUGGCGAGGGUAGAGGAGAAGGAGGACCAGGAGAUCAUAUCACUGACUCUUGCCUCCUGGAUGACAAGAGUGCUGGGAGACCUGUCCUCGCCCCCGGCCGACAAGGAAACACCGGAUACCUCAGAAAUAUCAGUCGUGUCAGUGCCAGCAACGACGAUAAACGCCGGGGAAAGGUUCAUGGAACGUGUUCAACAGAUUUCAGAUAGGAACCUCCUCAGAAGAGACAGCAAUGUGGACUGGUGUGCUGUCAGCGGCAUGGCGGAGGUUGCCAUGGACUGCAUCUCCAACAGUCCAGAGCUGCGGCCGCGGAUGAGCAUCGUCCUGGAAAGGCUAGCCCGGCUGGACGACCAUUCCGGAGGACAGUAAUCGUCAUGGCGAAACUCCCUGGGAGAAAUGUACGCACACCCUAAAUCUGGGCCGUGAAUACCCGU